GACUUUGACGCAGGCGCUCCAGCUUCCCGAAAGUCAACAGCAAGAGCGGAAAAGCUCAACAUGGCUCCCAAACUUGAACUUCCAAGCGCCGCGUUGAUCGUCGGACUACUGUUUUUGUUCCUCAUCCCCCCGGUAGAGGCUUACGAUGCGGGAGACGCUUUAGCUCUGCUGCUGUGCACCGUCCUGACAGUGAUGGGUUUCUGCGCCUGCCUCGGCUGGUACGCGCGGCGGCGGAACGGACAGCUGUGAUGAGACGGAUUUCUCCGGCGGUGCGCCUCUCCUGUACUCACCUGCUACCAUCCACCGCAUUAAUGCUACUUUAUGUGAUCAUAAAGGAUCUUUUGGCACAAGGUUUGUGUCGUAAAGACUGAUGAGAAACGUGCCUUACUGAAAUUAAUGCGGCAAGUUCAACGAGGACCACGCGGAGUUGGAGAAGGUGGAGCAAAAACAUCCAGGAAGCCCCCAAACAGGAACUGUAGUUUGUUGCACUGCUGAGAUUAUUAAGGACCAAACACCGUUGCCUUCACUAUGAAAAGACUGCUGUAGUUGUUGCGGGUUGUAUUCUCCCUAACAUGCCUGCACUGUGCACGGCGCGUAUUUCCAUGCUUUAAGUGAUCUCUGCGAUUUCCUGUCGCUGUUUGAUGCGCAAUGUCACAUGAUUGGAGUUUGUUUUGCAGUUCUGUCACUGUUGCUAAUUAAACAUGUAGAAUAAAUGCGACACUCGACAGCUCA